GGUACACUGCUUAUUGUUCCCGAAGAAAGCUCCGAAAGCUUCGUUCGCGUUUUCCUGCAUUUGUCCUAAUGGCUGCCACGCAGAGCCCACGUCCCACCUGAGAGCGGACAUCUACGUAGCGGGAAACGGACCGACUGGCCGGCUCCCGCUCGGUGACGGUAAUCCAGACAAACCCAACGGACCACCCGGGAAAGACGAUUUAAGACGGGAACCGAUCAAGUGAAGAAGUCACAAGCCCUGCCAUGGUUGAACCAGCUGACAGACAAUCCACGGCCGGCCAGAGGCUGGGUGCUCCCGAAAGUUUUGGGGUGUCUACCCUGGAGCCCGGCCUGCGUCCGCCUAUACAGGCACCAGGAAGAAAAGUCUCUAUCAGGGUGCAGAUGUUAGAUGACACACAGGAAGUCUUCCAGAUAUCACAACGCUCCCCAGGCAAAGUGCUGUUUGACCUUAUUUGUGUCCAUCUCAACCUGGUGGAGGGAGACUAUUUUGGGCUGGAGUACCAGGACCACCGCAAGAUGACUGUGUGGCUGGACCUGCUGAAGCCAACGCUGAAGCAGAUCCGACGGCCAAAGAACACCAUUCUUCGCUUCGUAGUCAAGUUCUUCCCUCCUGACCACACACAGAUCAUGGAGGAGCUGACACAGUAUUUGUUUGCCCUGCAAGUCAAGCGUGACCUGGCCUGCGGUCAUCUCAUCUGCAACGACUCGAGCGCCGCCCUGAUGGUCUCCCACAUAAUCCAGUCGGAGAUAGGAGACUUUGAUGAGACUCAGAGCUGGCAGCAUCUCCUGCACAAUAAGUACCUGCCAGACCAAGAUGCCAUUCGGGACAAGAUCACUGACUGCCACCGAAAGCAUGUUGGUCAUACUCCUGCAGAGUCAGACUACCAGUUGCUGGAAAUCGCCCGACGACUUGAAAUGUAUGGCAUUCGUCUGCACCCGGCAAAGGACCGUGAGGGUACCAAACUCAGCUUGGCUGUUGCCCACACAGGGGUGCUAGUCUUCCAGGGGUACACAAAAAUAAAUGCCUUCAAUUGGUCCAAGGUUCGCAAACUCAGCUUCAAACGCAAGCGAUUUCUUAUCAAGCUGAGAGCCGACCCAGCCCAAAGUGGUCACCAUGACACACUGGAGUUCGCAAUGGCCAGCAGGGACUGCUGCAAGAUUUUCUGGAAGAUCUGUGUGGAGCAUCAUGCCUUCUUCCGACUCUUUGAGGAGCCUAAGCCCAAACCCAAGCCCAUCCUCUUCACCAGAGGAUCCUCAUUCCGCUUCAGCGGUCGGACCCAGAAGCAGAUAAUUGAUUAUGUGAAGGAUUCUGAACUUAAAAAGGUUCCGUUUGAAAGGAAGCACAGUAAGAUUCUGUCGAGUAGCAGCAUGCCACAUCGGUCCUCUUCCUUCAGAUCGCCAAAAGAGAGUGACACAGCUGUGCCGUUAGAAGAUCUCACAGUUUCAGCUGGACAAGUGGACUCUAACGGUAUGCAGGAACCGCCUGGGGCCGUGUGUACCACCAAUGGCACGCUUGACAUCCCUGCAGCUCCUUGCUCAGAUGCCAGACAAAACCACAAAGGCACGGUCUCCUCACCAGAUCAGCAUCUUCUCAAUCCAGGAAGUCCUACCUCUGAAGCUUUCCCACUGAAAAGUCACCACCCGAGUGGCAACGCUAACGGGAUUGUGAACGGAGAGGUGCCUGCAGGUGUUGGCUUUGUGCCACCUAGUCAGCUGUCACCUCUCACCAGCCCUCUACUUGGUGAUGCCGGACAUGUCCGCAAUGAUGAUGAAGAUGAGGGCAGGAGAAAGAAGUUUCCCACAGACAAGGCCUAUUUCAUCUCAAAGGAACUAUUAACCACUGAGCGGACCUACCUCAAAGAACUGCAGGUCAUCACUCAGUCGUUCAAGAGGAUUGCAGAGAAAGAUGAAGAAGCCUUUCCUGUUGCUGUUAGCAACCUGAUAUCAGCCAACUAUGAUCCAAUCCACAAGUUCCACCAAGGGUUCCUCACAGAGGUGGAGCAGAGACUCGCACAAUGGGAAGGUCGAUCCAAUGCACACAUUAAGGGAGACUACCAACGAAUUGGUGAUGUUCUUUUAAAGAACAUUCAAAGUCUGAGGCAGCUGACGACUCACUGGCAGAAACAUUCGGAGUGCCUGGUGGAGCUUGAACGAGCUUGUAGGUCGAGUCGAAAGGCGGAGGUUCUGUGUGGAGAGCUGGAGCAGCAAAAGGUGUGCUACCUCCCCUUCAACAUCUUCCUCUUGCGGCCACUCCACCGCCUGCUGCACUACAAACUCAUCCUGGAGAGGCUCUGCAAGCACUACCCACCCACUCAUGAUGACUUCAGGGACUGCAGAGCGGCCCUUGCGGACAUCACAGAGAUGGUGGUGCAGUUACAAGGUACCAUGAUGAAGAUGGAGAACUUUCAAAAGCUUCUUGAGCUCAAGAAAGAUCUGACUGGGAUCGACAAUCUGGCCAUCCCUGGCAGGGAGUUCAUCAGACUUGGAUGCCUCAGUAAGCUCUCGGGGAAGGGCCUACAGCAGAGAAUGUUCUUCCUGUUCAGUGAUUCCUUGGUGUACACUAGUCGGGGGAUGACUCAAUCCAACCAAUUCAAAGUCCACGGCCAGCUACCUCUCUUUGGCAUGACGAUCACAGAAAGUGAAGAGGAGUGGGGCGUCCCUCAUUCGUUCACAUUGUUUGGACAACGGCAGUCAGUGGUGGUGGCGGCCAGCUGUGCAGCCGAGAUGGAGCGGUGGGUGGAAGACAUCAAGAUGGCCAUUGACCUCGCCGAGCAGAGCAACGGUCCUCAUUUGGAUCUGCUUUCUGCCAGCCCUUCUGAUAGCAAGCUGCUUGAGGAAGGUGGAGCUGAGCAUGAGUCCGAGGAGGAGUUGUGUGGUUCGCGUUCGUCUCUGGAGCGGCAACCUCAGCGCGGUAACACCACAGUGCACGUCUGCUGGCAUCGCAACACCAGUGUGUCUAUGGUUGACUUCAGUAUUGCUGUGGAGAACCAGCUCUCAGGGAACCUGCUGAGAAAGUUCAAGAAUAGUAAUGGCUGGCAGAAACUCUGGGUGGUCUUCACCAACUUCAGCCUGUUUUUCUACAAGUCACACCAGGAUGACUACCCUCUGGCCAGCCUUCCUUUGCUCGGCUACUCCGUCACCAUCCCGUCUGAGUCGGAAAACAUCCACAAGGACUAUGUCUUCAAACUUCACUUCAAGUCCCACGUCUACUACUUCAGAUCAGAGAGCGAGUACACAUUUGAACGGUGGAUGGAGGUUAUCCGCAGUGCCACCUGCUCAGCCAGCCGCUCCCUGCCAAGCACCAGGAAAGACAAUUAUUGAUUGAAACCAUAAAUGGAUGAAGUUUUGGACUCUUGGUUGCAUUUCAACCUGAAUGACUUUUAAUUCAGACCAAAUCAUGCCACUUUGCACAAAUAUUAUCAGCUAAUAAUCUCUUUCCGCCAACUAUCCAACGUACAUACACCUGAGGUUCUUCACCACCUUAAGUAACUUUCUGCACAGCUUUUUUGUAUUCACGAUGGCAUUUACCUUCUUCCUCCUAGCAAGUGUUGCUCACACAUUCACAUUCCGAGCAAAAAAACUCAACCGUUUGACAUCAGUGUUUGCAUUGUCCCCAUCUGAAAUCAUUUCAUGCGCACAUUCAAGAUAAAAAUGUACAUACUCGUUCAUAAGCAUUUUUUAUUAGAAUUGGAUUUCAUGAAAAUUUAUAUACAAUGCAGUGCCACUUUCAAACAGAACCCAUUAUUUCCCCUAGUUUCACAGAGACCUUUUGUACAGUACUUUGAUUCACUGUGAAACGUUUUUUCUUGAUAUUUUAAUUUUUACUGUUAUCUCAUUCAUCCCAACAACCAACCUACCAAAAGAUGUUCUUUUCUACAGCCCUGGCAGUUUUCCAUUCUAAAUAAAGAUGACAAUCUGUUGGAAUUCAAGAGAAAUUAUUCGAGUAUUUUGCGGUCAGAACAUUUGUUAAAAAAUAAAUAAAAUAAAAAAAGACGCAUGAGUAGAAAUCAGACAAUGUUUUUGCAUUUCAAUGGAAAUAUCCUUUAAAAACAAACUCAAGAAAAUUAGGCCUUGACAAGAAUGAUGGUACCCUUUCAAGACAAUCACAGUCACAAAUGAGCUUUUUACUUGAGACUUGGACACCUUUCAGCAGGUAUUUUGGGCUAUUUUUUUUUUUUUUUUAAGUCAUGUUUUUUUUGGUCCAGAUAUGCUUUUUCUUACCCAUUUGGACUGAUGACUGACUGAGCACAACAUUACAUUUCAGAUUUCAGCACAACAUGGUACAAAAUAGGCAGUUGUCUCAGUUUUGAAGGGUUUCCCCAAAAUUCUCAUCAUGUUUCCACGCCUUCCAUUGAUGUUCAACAGGAUAUAGACUAGGGCUACUUGAGAACAGUGCAAUGUUUUGCCUUUUUGGGGUGUUUUCAAGAUGUUAUAAAUCCUGUUCCAUGACCUGCAAAUGAGCUUUCUGACACAGAACGGCACAUUUCUCUUUGGAACACUUUGAACACUUAGUCUUUAAAUUUCAUUGGACACUUCACAUAUUCAAAAUACUCUGGGCCAGAUGUAUCAAAGCAGCCCCUGUAGAUAUCGCUGUUGCUUCUUCUUCUAUUCAGGAGAGUUACUAACUUAUGACUACUUAAGUUGUUGAAAUUGUCCCAAAUUUCUAUCCUCUAUUCAGGAAAACUUAUCAGCUUUGUUAAAUGAAAGUAAGAAUUUUUAAAAUCUUUUUUUUUAACAUUCAGAGAAUGAGUAUUAACAUUUUUGCCUAUUUUCUAAUGUGCUACAGAACAAAACUAAAUCAGAAUCAUGUUUGUUUUUUUUAACAUUUUCUGCUUUUUCAGUUUAAAAUAGCCAAUUUUUUGAAUCAAGGAAUGUAAAUAAUUUUUCUACCUGAUUUAUCAAUACCCCCCACACAAAUAGUUUACAUGUUAAUCUUUUUAAUUAAUCUUUAGUUGCAGGCCUACCCGCAAGUAGUGUAGCAGCUUUGUGUUCAACUGACUAGGCAGUGAUUUCACAAGGUGCAUGUAGUUAGUAAGUUGAGACCAGAUCAUUUUAGAGAAUUUUUUAUGGUUGUGGCCUGCAAGAAUUCUAAUGAAAAAAUAUGCAUCUUGGCUUAAUUAAAAGUUAGAAAACAUUGUAAUAGAGCACCCCGUACCAUGAUGGAUCAAACGGCAUCUGUCAGGUUUCACGGUAUCGUACAUAUUCAAGCCCAUGAGAACCACAGGAGUCAUAGCUCUCAUAGUGAGGCAGUGAGACCCAUUCCGGCCGAUAUGUGGUCGUGCUGUACACAAAGGCCUCGGUGACGUCCCCUGCUGCGGACCUCUCCUCGUCUUUGACCUGCCCCAGCCACUCUUCCACUGUAAGCUUCACCAGAGUCCGCUGAUACAUGGUAGGUGUGUCUUCAAAGUCAUCCAGGAAAUUCAGCAAUUGCUCAUCCACUCUGUAGAUCUCGCCGUGAACCCUGUGACCCAGACUUGGAAGGUUGAGGAGAAAGGGAAUGUUGUAUUCGCCAGCGAUCACUAGAGGAAACUUCUCUGUUGUGACGGCAGAGGCAAGCAAAUGUGCCUCUCCAAUGCUCUUGUCCAACAUGCGGAAGUGAUUCGGUUGCCCCCUCUUCAGAGUUCCAUAUACGAAGACACGGGCCAUUAUUCAGGAGGCUGACUUCUGAAAUGGCAAAACAGUACACCGGGACCAAAAUUAUUCAUUCUGUGUUAAUGAUGUUUCGUAUUGCUUUCUAUUAGUGGCUGAAGUGGCUAAAACAUGGAUACUUAUGAUUGAAAAAGGUUGAUGUACUUUGAGACUCGAAAAUGUACUAACAAGAACAGCAACUAUCUAAUGAAA